AUGCAGAAGCUCUUGUACGCCAUGCUCAUGGCGACCAAGAAGCUGCAACACUAUUUCACCGACCACGAGGUCAUCAUCGUCACCUCAUUCCCACUUGGGGAGGUUGUCUGCAGUCGCGACGCUAUGGGACGGAUCUCCAAAUGGGCACUCGAGCUCAUGGGCUACGACAUCAAAUACAUCCCCCGCGCCACGAUCAAGUCGCAGGCCGUGGUCGACUUCGUCACUGAGUUGACGGAGAUUGAGGCAAAAUGGAUCAUUAAGCCGAGCUCCCAAGAAGCUGUCAAGUUUUUCCUUAACAUUGUCUACUGGUUUGGUGUGCCCAACACCAUCAUCACAGAAAACGGGACCAACUUCACAGGCAAGAAGUUCUUGGAGUUCACCGACCAAUACGGGAUCAGGAUUGUCUGGGCUUUGGUCGGACACCCUAGCACCAAUGGGCAGGUGGAGAGGGCGAAUGGCAUGGUCCUCCAAGGACUCAUGCCUCACAUCUUUGACCAGCUCAACAAGUUUGCCGGGCGGUGGGUCCAGGAGCUCCCAGCCAUCCUCUAG